AAAAGUCUUAAUAGUCCAUUAAAGUGUGAAACAAAACGACAAGACUAGUACAAUGUUGAAAGGAUGGUUCGACGCCUUCCGAAGUGACGGAGGUCCCACGUUGUACAUGCACUCGAACCGAACACCUGUAAUAGAAGAUAUUCGAAAUAUCGUAAUUUACGUCAGUUUUUCCACCAUAUUCUUUGCCUUCCUUAUUGUAUUUCCUGGAAUUCGAAAGGAGAAAUUUUCCACGUUUGUGAGUGUCACGAUUAGUCUCUUUAUAGGAGCAGUCAUUCUUGUGACCAACUAUGGAACAGAAUGGCAUGUGGCACAAACUAAGAUUUACGGUCCCCAUCAUGCGUUUUCACGGCAGAAAAUUGAAGCUAAUCUUGGAGUACGUAUUGGAUUGAAUGGAGUUAAUAUAACACUUAAGGCCAUGCCAAAAAAUAUAUUGUUGGAGGACAUAAACUACAACGAAAGAUUUAGUUGGAUUGGAGCUACAGAAUUAAAAGAGGAAUACAGAGAAGCGCUUGUGAAGGGGUUGCCCUAUCCUAUACUCACUACUGCUGAAUAUUUGAGUCAGGAUUUAGAAGGAUUUAGCUGGGGACGGCAUUACCGCCUAGCAGGAUAUUACUCCUAUAUUCUUUUAUGGACAGCCUUCUUCUUGUGGUUAGUGAUGAACAUCCUCUUGUGCACUGUCCCCAGGUACGGGGCUUACUGUAUGCAACUUACUGGCGGAAUCAUGCUCCUCACCAACGCCAUUUAUACUCUCCUGUUACCAAGGAAGCCUUUAGUCAUACCUUUUGAAGGAGGACUUCUCAGGUUCCAUUAUGGGUGGUGCUUUUGGCUAGUGUUAGCAGCUGGUAUGUUGAUUUUUUAUUGUACCAUUUUGUGUGAGACAAGCAAAUGA